UACACGCUCGAAGUAUGUAGUACCCAUUUUGUAGUCGUCGAGUACGGCUCGGACUUUGCAACAUGGCUGGUAUAGUACUGCGCCCACCUUCUUUCUCGCCUGCGAAAGCGCCUGCUGAAUACAGCUCGCCCAACAUUGCGUGGCUGACGGAGACAUGGCACGUUACUCACUCCACGCUUCCAAUGUGGAAGGAUAAACGCAAUAUCCGAAUCAAGUAUACGCCGCUGCCAGCUUCUGUGUCUUCGAUCUCGGUAGAGUACACGGACCGCAUGGACGACGAGGUGUCCUACCAGAGUCUCAAGGAUGAGAAGAUCCAGACAGUGCACGGAGUCGACAAGCUCGCGAGUUCUGGAGACGCUAGGGAUGCGUGGGAUUGGCACGGUAGGGGCUGGCUGAUGCUUGCAGGCAAGCUGGCACAUAGCCAUUGGGAGAUCCUGGGCUGGGGUGACGAAACUGGGACGGGUAAUAAGUGGGUUGUCACAAUGUUUGCGAAGACUCUUUUCACGCCUGCUGGCAUCGAUGUGUACUCGAAAGGCGUAGAUGGGCUGCGGAAAGAGACCGUUCGGGCGAUCAAGGAUGCACUAGCGAACAUUGAGGACCAGAACGUGCAGAAGAUGGCGGUUGAGCUGUUCGACACCACGCUCGACUCGGCUCGUCGAUAGAUCAAGCUUUCGUUUGUGGUUAUCGUCGGCAGUGAGACGAAUAAUGUGGCUCCAUAAUUUCUCGAUCUUCAGGCUGGCUGGUUCGUGUGUUAUGUGUCUAUUACCGUAGCCGUACCGUCCAUCUACGCAAGCAUCGCCAUUGUCCCACCUGCGGUGCGUCGACGACAUCUAACCCUUGCCGUACCACGUCUUGUGCCCGAGAACCAUGCGGCACAUCAUGUACAUGGACGCUGUGAGGCGGUGUUAGCCAUGAUCAGCAAUACUCCUGGCCAGGCACAUGAGUGUGUACUGACCUGAGGUCGUUGAGAUCAACAGGGCGUAGUAUGGGUAAAGCAUCAAGCUAGCACGUG